GGGACUGCAAGCGAAGGAGGCAAGUGGGGCGGCUCCUCCCCUUUUCUCCCUGGUUGGGAAGGAGGCCAGAAUUGCUUCCCAGGACUGGGUCGGGUUUGGUCUCAACGGCCUGGUCUGGGAGAAUCACUCUGGACAUCCACUGUCUCGGAACUCUGCCAAGAGGGGGGGUGGGUCAGGCGAACGAGCUCAGGGAGCCCCCGCCCUUCCCUGCUGCUCAGCGUCACGCGUGACGUCUCGGUGAUGGCUGGGAGGAAAGCGGAGAGCGGUGAGGAAGGCGGGUCUGAGAGCUUCUAGAGGCUGAAAACCCCGGAAAGCAAGAUGGGUGACCUGCCCUUAAAUAUCAACAUCCAGGAACCUCGGUGGGACCAAAGCACAUUUCUAGGCAGAGCCCGGCAUUUCUUCACAGUCACUGAUCCCCGAAAUCUGCUGCUGUCCGGGGAACAGCUGGAAGCUUCCCGGAACAUCGUGCAGAAUUACAGGUGAACCUGCCUCAAAUCACGCCACUGUGACGCAGCACUUUAGCUCAGCGGAUCUGAGGACAUUUGGGCUGAGGGGACAGCACUGUGUGUUAUGGGGCUGGUGUGGCAACCCCGGGUCUCACUGAGGACCAGCUAUGGCGAGCCAAAUACGUGUAUGACUCAGCAUUCCAUCCGGACACGGGGGAGAAGGUGGUCUUGAUUGGCCGUAUGUCAGCCCAGGUGCCCAUGAACAUGACCAUUACUGGCUGCAUGCUCACCUUCUACAGGAAGACUCCGACUGUGGUGUUCUGGCAGUGGGUCAAUCAGUCCUUCAAUGCUAUUGUGAAUUACUCUAAUCGCAGCGGCGAUGCUCCCAUCACUGUGCAGCAGUUGGGGACAGCCUAUGUGAGUGCCACCACUGGGGCUGUGGCUACUGCUCUGGGACUCAAGUCUCUCACCAAGCACCUGCCCCCGCUAGUCGGUCGAUUCGUGCCCUUUGCAGCUGUGGCCGCUGCCAACUGCAUCAACAUCCCCCUGAUGAGGCAGAGGGAGCUGCAGGUGGGCAUCCCAGUGACUGAUGAGGCUGGUCAGAGGCUUGGCCACUCGGUGACUGCUGCCAAACAGGGAAUCUUCCAGGUGGUGAUAUCAAGAAUCGGAAUGGCGAUUCCCGCCAUGGCCAUUCCCCCGGUGAUCAUGAACACUCUGGAGAAGAAAGACUUCCUGAAGCGCCGUCCCUGGCUGGGGGCGCCCCUGCAGGUGGGACUGGUAGGCUUCUGCUUGGUAUUUGCCACACCCCUGUGCUGCGCUCUGUUCCCUCAGAGAAGCUCCAUACAUGUGACCAGGCUGGAGCCGGAGCUGAGAGCUCAGAUCCAAGCACAAAACCCCAGCAUCGAUGUGGUUUACUACAACAAGGGGCUUUGAGGGGAGUCGGCCUCUGUCCCUGUCCUUACCUCCUUAGGCUGCUUCUCUGAUGCCACCUUGCAAUGCUACCACCUGUUUAUCUUCUGGGUACUGGGCAAGGGGGCUUGAUGUGGGGAGCAGCCACUGAGACCAGCAACCUUAGACUGGGGGAGGCACUCCUAUAAGCCUCUCCGCUCCUCUCUGGUUUCAAAGAGCAAGUCACAAAACCCAUCCCUCCUGUGUUUGUGUGUGUGCACUGCCACAUAUGCAGCACAUGUGUUUAUACAUUUCAUCCUGGAAGCUAAGAGCAGAAAUGCUGUUCUAGGAUGUCCUGCUAUUUGUCUUCUCUUCUCAGUCUCCUGCCCACCUAACAGCAAGCCUGGUUAUGGGUGAGACUUCCUUCCCUAAACUGUUCCUCUAGCUAAGUCAUUUCUGAUAGCAUCUUAGCCUUCUGUGCCCAAGAUAAGCCCCAGGAUCCCAGAACAGGGACUGAAGAACAUCGUAGGCCACCCAGAGCUUAACCCUUCAGGUUUCAAAUACAGCUAUUUGAACCAGCUCUAAAAGCUGGUUCAGGACGUGGGCUGGUAGAGGAAGCAGUGUGGAAUCAGGGAGGCAGGGGGCUCAUGCUUGCUGGACCCCACACCCUAGAAUGGCUCCACUCCUCUCUUCUGGUGGACCAUGGGGGUGUCAGUAGCCUGCACUGCUCUCCACACUGCAUUGUGGGUGCUUUUAGAGACCAUCUUGAGCAUUCUUCGUCUGUUCUGAUGAGUCAUGUCAUGAUUCAGAAAUCCCACACUUCCAAUUCCUCCCCCAAUCAGAAAGCCACACAACACAGGCAGAGCAAGCAUUCCCUUCAGGAACUGCCACCACCCGUACCCACUUGUAGGGGCUGGUGUGGGACCGGUGCUUAAACACAGGCCUCAAGCGUACAGUAUCAAGACAGGUAAUUCUGUGUUUCAUUGACUCUUCUUAGACACACCCCCCCCCCCUCAGCUCCUUCCUUUCCAUCUACCCCGUCUCUGGAAGAACCCAAGGCUUCAUAUAUGCUAAGCAACUGCUCUACCACUGAGCGACAUCCCCAGUGCCCUCUUUCUCUUUUCCUUUCUUUCUCUCUUUCUUUCUUUCUUUCUUUCUUUCUUUCUUUCUUUCUUUCUUUCUUUCUUUCCUUUCUUUCUUUCUCUCUCUCUCUCUCUCUCUCUCUCUCUCUCUCUCUCUCUCUCCCUUCCUUCCUUCCUUUCUGUCUGAAUGUGUCUGUCUGUCUUUCUGUCUGUCUGUCUUUCUUUCUUUUUUUGUUUGUUUUUGUUUUUCAGUUAUGGUUUCUCUGGGUAGCCCUGGCUGUCCUGAAACUCAGAGAUCUGCUUGCCUAUGGCAGUGAGUGCUGGGAUUAAAAGGCAUGUGCCACCAUUGCCAGCAGCCCGUCUCUUUCUUAAGACAUGGCACUGCACUCCCUCUGCCCUUAAUUUCAAAAGGAAGAGGGACCCAGGCUCUAAUAGCUGGACCAAAUAGAAGAUGAGUUCGGGAAUGGUGUGGGUGAUACUGACUCCAGGGCAUAGAAUUAUAUCUCCACGCCAAAUCCAUGACCUCUAGCUAAAAGGUGAAUGGGGUCCCCAGUGACAUCCACGGAGACCACUUAAACUAACCUCCUCUUCCAGUGACAACAGCUGUCACGUCAUGGUGUCAAUAAACUGCAAUCCUGUCUGGUU